CAGACAAUCGGAAAAAGCAGAGAGUCCCACACAGGGAGAGGAAGCGGCACGACUUCUCCUUGUUUAAGCUUUCCGACUCGGAGAUGAGGGUGAAGAUCUCACCACAGCUUCUGCUGGCCACGCACCGCUUCAUGGCCACAGAAGUGGAGCCGUUUAAGUCUCUGUACCUCUCGGAGAAGAUCCUGCUCCGGCUCUUGAAACAUCCCAACGUGAUUCAGGAGCUGAAGUUUGAUGAGAAGAACAAGAAGGCCCCAGAACACUACCUCUACCAGCGCAACCGCCCCGUGGACUACUUUGUGCUGCUUCUGCAGGGUAAAGUGGAGGUGGAGGUUGGUAAGGAAGGCCUUCGCUUCGAGAACGGAGCCUUCACCUACUAUGGUGUCCCAGCCAUCAUGACCACUGCUUGCUCAGAUAACGAUGUGCGGAAGGUUGGAAGCCUGGCUGGAUCCUCUGUCUUUCUGCCUGUCUCUGUGUCUCGUACCUUCGCCUUCAGCAGAGGGGACUCUCUGGCAGGCUCCCCAGUAAACCGGUCCCCUUCCCGCUGCAGUGGGUUGAACCGCUCGGAGUCUCCGAACCGCGAGCGCAGUGACUUUGGGGGGAGCAACACCCAGCUAUGCAGCAGCAGCAACAACCUCUACACGCCCGACUACUCGGUCCACAUCCUCAGCGACGUGCAGUUCGUGAAGAUCACACGGCAGCAGUACCAGAACGCGCUCACCGCCUGCCACAUGGAGAGCUCACCCCAGUCCCCCGACAUGGAGGCCUCCACGACCCGGGGCACACCCCAGACUCCCAAGGAUGACCCUGCUGCCACCCUCCUGAGCCACCGGAGCAGCCUGCCGUGCAGCCGCUCAGAUGGGCUGAGAAGCCCCGGCGAGGUCGUGUACCUGCGGAUGGAGGAGAUGGCCUUCACCCGGGAGGAAAUGACCGACUUUGAGGAGCAGAACACGCAACAGCUCUCACUGUCUCCUGCCGCUGUGGCCGCUAGAGCAGCAUCAGAUAGUGAAUGUUGUCACAUCAACCUGGACACAGAGACCAGCCCCUGCAGCAGCGACUUGGAGGAAACCAUGGGCAAGAAAUUGCUGAGAACCUUGAGUGGUCGUAAAAGGAAGAGGUCACCAGAUGGAGAGAGAACCUCUGAGGAGAACUCCAACUUAACGCCUCUCAUCACAUGACAGCGCUGUCAGCGUCCACUGGGGGCGUGAGAUUCCAGAGCUCUGGGGAGAACCCAUCCUCCCGUCGUCUGCUUCUCCCCAAGGCCUCCCACUGGUGACAGAGCGUACUGCUUUCUUUACCACCUCUUCACCCCUAGCCGUCAGUGUGGCAGAUUUUUCUCUCAUCACCUCCAGUUUGACUCAGAGCCUUGCGGUGGCUGUGACAGAAGGAGGUGCCUCAAUGGAACAUGCUAAAAAUGAUCUCGUCCAUAGCACAGUCUGGGACUGCAGAAGAAAUGACCCCAGGCUGACAAUGCCACUCUAGGACCCCUGAUGCACUUCCUGUUCCUUGGUGUCACUUGGCACCAUAUUUCAUGCUUCCCUUAGGUCAAAAGGUGCCACUGGCAGGUGAGAACAAAGGAGGCUGGGGCAGCAGGUAGGAGAGUUAGUUCAGGAGAUGCACCAAGAAUUUCUCCAGAACAUUAGAGCAGCGGGACUCAGUCAUGCUGCCAUGUGACGUUACAGGACAGAAAACUGUUGGUGACCAGUUUCCUGUUAGAAGAGGGUUCCAGCAGCCUGGGAGGUGUGUCUCAGCUGGAAUGAAAAGAAUGUAAGAUGGAACCUCAAGUCACUGUGUUUCCCAGGGACACAUCUGUUUUGGCUCCUGAUUAGUAGUCAUCAGUCCAUCAGUAAAUCUGCUCUGGAAGAGGAGGAGCAAGGAGAAGAGAAACCCAUUUGGGAGCCAGAGAUGGAACUUCAGGUUUUAAAUUCCAAAUAUAUAUAUAUAUACAUAUAUAUAUAUAUAUAUAUAUGGAAAAGUUUUAGCCAUGAAAAGCCAAAGAGUGCCCAGGUCAGCCAAGAAGGAUGCAAGCUCUCAUGCAGCUUCAGUGUGUAUUACACUGGAACAUUGAAGAAUCACUCUUCUUUUUUUGUCCAUUCCUCCACCCCCACCCUUUCCUUCACUCCAUCAAGUCAGCUGAGUGUACUUUAUUCCUAGAAUGUACCAGAUCUCUGAAUAAAGUACCAGAGAGAGCUGGUACAUUCAACACCGUUUUCACCUGAUGUUGGGCUUCUGUUGUGGCUCAGCUGGUGAAGAUCCGCCUGCAAUGCGGGAGACCUGGGUUCGAUUCCUGGGUUGGAGAUCCCCUAGAGAAGGGAAAGGAUACCCACUCCAGUAUUCUGGCCUGGAGAAUUUCAUGGACUGUGUAGCCCAUGGGGUCGCAGAGAAUCCUUCCUAUGCGACUGAGCAACUUUAACCUCACUUCACUUCACUUGGGACAGGUGCAAUUCCAAGGAUAACCACCAGGUGGCAGGAUGACUGCACAGACCUGCUUGAAGAGUAAACUGAUGAGAAACCACAGAGCCAGCCUUACAGAAUAUGUGGAAGUAAGUGAAGGUUGUCUUUGGGACACUUGUAUCCCUUUCUGAUGUAUAUCCCACCCAUUGGGUUCCCUAGAUCAGGGAUCCAGUAAUCCAGUGCUCAUCUCAAAACCAUUCCCUAACUUUUCUUUGGGGAUGUAAUUCUCAGGCUUCCCUCAUCUUCCUCCAAAACCAUUACUCCCACUUCCCCAAACCCAUCCAAUCAAUAAUCACAUAGAGGGUGGAGAGACUGAUAAUUCCUCUGGGUUAUUUGCAUCUCAAAAGAAAAUGCUUACCCACGGGAACCUUUACCUCAGGGGUUCUUAACUUGGGGUCCGUCACUCCAGGGGGUCCAUUGUUGGACUUCAGAGGGUCUAUGAAACCCCUAACUCUGUCAGAAUUUAGUGUCUGCCUUCUUAUGUGUGUUUUCCAGAGGGCUAAAGCUUUCAUACGAUUCUCAAAGUUCUCAGACCCGCAAAGUAUUAAAAUCCACUGUUUAACUAGUGGAACUUUCAGCCCAGAGUUUCUGCAAUGCAGAAUGAAGUGAAUACUGGGUAGUUUGAGACAGAUUUUUAGUUGUAAAUGGCCUUCCCAAGUGUCCAUCAAAUCGAUGGCGAAAGCUGGCACCCACCAAGUGGAAGUCGUCAGAAGUCCUUGGCAUACCCUAUGGUAUUUACAGCGUACACCCACGUAACUUGGUCCCCACCAAACCCCAGCAGGUGUCUGCAGACAGGAGGGGCACAGCAUGUGGAAGUGGACUUUGCCUUUUUCAGCAGUGUAUUAUUGACUUCACAUCCUUUGCCUGGCCCUGCCUGAGGCUCAGCAGUGCAUGAUUUCUCGUAAAUAACUCACAGCUACCACCCACCCCCAACACCUACCCUUGCCUGGUAGAAACAGCCGAAGUGUCAGCCCUCGGUGCUGGGUGCCUCUGACCCAAACCGGUGAAUGCUGUUUCAAACAAGGUGCGCAGUCACGCAGUCUUCUUGCCCAGCUGGCCACUGGCCCAAGGGUUCCGCCUGGCCAGUCUUCCUUUCAUUACGCCUUAGGCCACUGCUGUUGCUUCACACCCGUCUCUUUGCAAAAUCCCUAAGAAGCCUGUCACCACACCUCCCCCUUUACCCCACCCCCUCCCAAGAUUUUCUCCAGGUUACAAAAAAAGUAAAAAAAAAAAAAGAGGAUUUUGAAAUAAAGUAUUUAUGAAGGCUCAAUACAUUGUAAAUAAUUUUUAAAUAAAAUAAAAAUCCUUUUCCUGGA